CCUUCGCGGCCCGUGGAGGACCACCCAGCAGGGUCCUGGGCCCACAGCCAGGCCUUUACUGCUCCUGGGGCUGUGCCACGUGCUGGACGGGGGUCUGGGCCACCUCCUCCCUGAAGCCCAUCAGGCAGGCAAGGCCCGGGUCUGACAGCAGAAGGCCUGGAUGCUCCCCGGGUAGGGAAGCCAAGUAACUACCAGUUGAAGGGUCAUCCCCAAAACAGCAUCUACUCGAGUAGAAAGAACCCAGGAUUGGAUCAGGUCUAAUUUUGAAUCCAAACUGCUCCAUUUCUGGCUGCAUAGCUUGGGGUCCUGUUUCCUCAUCCGCCAGACGCCUGUUACUCACGCAGCUCUCUGAAGCUGUCGGAUUUGAUGAACCGGAAGUAGUAUCAGGCCCAAGUCUGGAGCUGCACAGACUGGAGUGUCUCCUGUCUGUGUUGAGGAAGGGGGGCAUCCCUGUGGGCCUGAGCUGGGCUAAGACAUGAGGCCACCCUCUCUUUUCCUUUCUCCGCCAUCGUGAUGUGUUCUUGCCUCCGCUUCUCACCAUGUCUUCUCACAAGACUUUCAGGAUUAAGCGAUUCCUGGCCAGGAAACAAAAGCAAAAUCGUCCCAUUCCCCAGUGGAUUCGGAUGAAAACUGGAAAUAAAAUCAGAUGGGAGGCCAGGCCUGCAGCUGGUGGAGGGGGCCACGUGGGUGCUACCCUGGACACGGCCAGAGAUGAGCAAGAACCAAGAGGAAGAGGAUGGAGAGGCAGAAGCAUCACCCUGUUUGGGAGAGGAGGGACAGGAGGACGCAGAAGCCUCCUAGGAGAAACUGAAGGACCAGAGGAGGGAGCAGGAGGGCCUGACCAUGGAGGGGAGGAAGGGGAAGACAGAGUGACAGGGCACCUGGCUUGGCUCCUGGAGCAACUGACACUGGCUGGGCCCCUGCCCCUCAGCUUCCUGAUAAAGAGAAUUGGAACUGUGUCCUUGACAAGACGCCUGCAAGCCACCACUUAUUCAUCUAUUGCACAUUUAUUGAGCGCCUAUUAUGCCUCGGGGGGUUUCCAACCGAGCCCCGAAGGCAGACAGCCCAGGAGCGGACACAGCGCUGGCUCCCAGCGGCGAGUGGUGUGGACGAACCCGCGUCGCGCUGCCCUGCACCCAACACCCUCGCGCCAGGUCGAUCUCCGAGCCGCGCAGACCGCUGCCCCGCCAGGCCGCUCUGCGGUCGCGCCAGCUGUGCGCGCCAAGUCAAAAGCUGAAAUGCGACGUUGGACGGAGGAGGGAGGAGAGGGAAAGCAGAGAGGGAGGGAGGGAAACGGCCGGUGGCCUCUUCUGCCCAAAGAGUUUCAGAAGAAACGAUUUGGGGAGGGGGUAUGGGAGGCGGCCUCUGCGACCUAG